AUGAUUCGCUUAGUUAUUUUGUGUUCUGCUAUACUGGUAACUGUUUUUGCUCUGGAUUGCCAACAGAUUCCUGAUACAGAAAUUUUUGCCGGUGAUCAAUUCUGGUAUCCAUAUAACUCUACUAAUUAUGUCAGAAUUCCACCAAACUUCAAUUGUACCUAUGUGAUUAAAUCUCCAGUCACCGACACUCAAGUGCUCUACGGAUCAGUUACACUGACAAACUUACUGAAAGGAGUCAAUGACUAUAUGAUUGUAACUGAUAGUAUGGGAGCACGGUCCACUUUAAAAUAUCGGAGCGAUAGUUUUCUGGAGUAUGAUAUUUUCCCGGGAAAACAAAUCUCCAUUCAAGUGGUCACCAAAAGUGUGGACAUGAAGUCAGAGUUCUUGAUUCAUGUUGCUUAUUCAAGCGUGAAAGUUGGUCCAACGACUCAAAUGAAAAGCGGAGGUUUUUUGAACUAUGUGAAUCUGGCAUCUAUCAAAGGAUUUGACAGUGUUCUUCAGAAUUCUGUUACAGUUCAAGGAAAUGAACCAAUUUCCAUGAGCUUGGCAACUUCAGCAUACAUGUUUCCAACCCUUUAUCUUUUCCACUCCUAUGUCAUCGACGGAGAUUUCUACAAUCAGACAUCAGUGCACCGUCUCAUUGAUUUUGAACAUGCCACUCCAUUCGUUUCAACACAAAAUAGAAUCACGCUCGUAACAUUCCAAACAGAAUCAUACUAUGCCACUGCAGCCGUUCUGAAUCCCAUAUCAGAAGCCAAACAAUUCAAUCCUCUCAGUUCUCAAGCAAGUGUAAAUGGAGAAAUUGACAGAGUUGGUCUUAUUCCUGAGGGUCAAGAUCAAGAAGCGUGUCAAGUGUUGGCAGUUGACAGUAAGACAAUCAUUAUGACAUCAGUAAGCUUGGGUUCGAACGUUCUCUCUUCGUGUGUUGCUCAAGUCGUAACUGGGCCACCGAAUAAUUCAUCGCAAGUCCUAUUGGACUUGACAAAAGCUCAGGGCCUAAUGCCAUUCACAUUCAACUUGAAAUAUUUCACGGUUAUCGCUCAAGGAUGCUCUUUUUCAUUCACUAUUAUGUCACCAGAACAUUGA